AUGACAAGCUACUUCCCACCCGUGAAUGCUGCUCGCAGCAGCAAUGGAACACCGACGAUGCCGGUUCCAGCUUCUUCGCCACUGUCGCCUCCUCCAAGCAACGUCCAGCGGUCCACAGCAUUGACGAACCGGUUGACAAGUGUACUGUCAGCGUCGUAUGCAGACUCCGAUAUCCGAGAUGCGCUCGAGACCCUCAGCCUGCGAGGAAUCCAUAACACUGCAGAGACACGCAGGCAGUUGCGGCUGGAUGUGCAGCAAGAGGUUAUUGACUGCAAUGCCGAAAUCGUGCGGGAUUUCGGCAAGGUGGCAGAGCAAUUGAAACGCAUAGGAACGGUUAUUAAGACGCUGAAUCAAACAUGCAAUGAAAUGCGAAGACACAUCACCCUCGCGAAACAAGACACCACCCCCGUCCUCGAGGAAGCAGCCGUUCUGAUGACCCAGAAAGAAGAAUCGGAGACGAAACAAAAACUACUAGACGCCUUUACGAAGCAUUUUAUCGUUCUGGAUGACGACUUCUCGGUUCUGACCUCGUCAGAGACGCCUGUGGAUGACCACUUUUUCGACGUGCUUGCCCGAGUGAAACAGGUCCAUCAUGACUGUGAAGUGUUGCUUGGAGGGGAAAACCAGCGGUUGGGUUUAGAAGUGAUGGAGCAGAGCUCGCGGAACCUGAACUUGGCCUACCAGAAGCUCUACAAAUGGAUUCAGAAGGAAUUCAAGUCGCUGAACCUUGAGGACCCUCAGAUCAGCAGUUCAAUCCGGCGAGCGCUGCGUGUUCUGGCCGAACGGCCGAGUCUGUUUCACAGCUGCCUCGACUUUUUUGCAGAGGCGCGGGAUUAUGCUCUCUCAGAUGCGUUUCACUAUGCCCUCACAGAUGCUGUAUCGGGUGCCGGUGCGGAUCGGACUGUGAAACCCAUUGAAUUCUCGGCACACGACCCGCUGCGUUACGUGGGAGAUAUGCUUGCAUGGGUACAUUCGGCCGCGGUCUCUGAGCGAGAGGCUCUGGAAGCUUUGUUUAUUGCCGAGGGGGAGGAAAUUGCCAAGGGGAUGAAAGCGGGCCUGAGCAGCGAACCCUGGUCUCGAAUCAACGAGGAGAGCGAAGACGACGCCGUUUUCGAUGGACACAAAGCCUUGAGUGAACUUGUGAACCGGAAUCUGACGGGAGUGUCUCGGUCUCUGCGUCAGAGGGUUGAAUUGGUGAUCCAGGGCCACGAUGACCCGGCCACCUGCUACAAGGUUGUCAACCUGUUAACCUUCUACCGGGAGACAUUUUCCCGACUCCUGGGGGCCCAGUCGCAGCUAGUGGAUCUCACUGAGUCGCUGAAGAAAUAUACGUUCAACCACUUCGAGGUUCUCAUGGGCGAAGAAGUCAAGGCCCUCUCUGCCGAGCAUGCUGCCCUCGUUCCGCCGGAAGACCUCUCUGCUCCACAGUUUCUCCUGGACGCGCUGGAAGUGCUUAUCUCCCUCAUGAAAGCGUUCGACGCAUCCUUUGGGGCCUCCAGCCAUGCCGAAGACGGUACCCAACCAGAAAACGAUUUCACUCCAGCUCUGCACGCCGCACUCGAUCCGUUCGUGGAUCUGGCCAAGUCAUCUGCGCAGGAGCUGCGCGACCCCGCCAGUCGUACAAUUUUCGAGACGAACGUCCUCCUCACCGUCCGGUCGACGAUCACGCCGUUCUCCUUCGCUGCCGCCACACACCUGCAACCUCUUUCAACCGCGAUAUCCACCUUGCGUAUGGACCUGCUCGCGAUCCAGCACCGCUACCUGCUCGACAUGUCCGGUCUGCAGGAGCUACUCACCGCACUAGCACCUUUCGCCGCAGAAACAAGUGACAAACAACAGCAGCAACAGCAGGGGGAGGAGGAGGAACCACCGAACAAGAAGAACCUGGUGGAGAUCGCAAGCCUCCCGGCCUUCCAGCCGGAGAACCUUGUUUUGCGCAGCCAGCAGCUUGACGAUUUCCUGCCCUCCGCCUUGAUGGAUGCCACGGACCACCUGAAGCGCGUGCAAAGUGCGGCCUUUGUGAAGAGUGUGACGGAGGAGGCGGUCGAAGCCUUCUGCCGCGACUUUGAGUUUGUCGAGGGGAUGAUUAUCGGAGCAGAUGAAGCGAGUAGUGCUUUGAAACAACAGCCAGAAGGAGAAGAGACCGAGGAGGAUCAAGACUGGAGUCUUCGCGCGUUGUUCCCGCGGACUACGGGUGAGAUCAGGGUUUUGCUGAGUUAG